AUGUCAGACCUAAUCGAAAUUGAACAGCGUGAAAGCGCGUUCCAAAACCGCUUGUCAACAUUCAGAAUAACAAACAAAGGUCAUAAAGAUUUGGAUGCAUUUUUCGAGGAUUGUUUUAAAUAUUUCGAACCGAUGAUCGAAUCUCUUCUCGACGUGCAUUAUAUGAUCAAAGUGUCUACCUGUUUGCAAGCAAUAUUCGAAAAAAGUGUUAUAUCGGAUUGCGGUGAAACCAAAGUAACUCAAACUAUUUUCAUUCACUCCAAUAGUGAAAUUGUGGAUUUCGAAACGUUUUUGGCAUCAUUUUACGACGAAUAUAUCGCUAAUUAUAUCAAGAACCGCGUCACCGAAAUAGAACUUCGCGGAAGUGGGUUUUCAUUGAAAGAAAUUGUUGAAAUAGAAAUGCAAGCAUGUAGUUAUGACCCCUACAAUGGUGCGACGUAUAUCAAGACACCAAAAAAACUGGACAGUAAAAAAGCCAUAAUAAACGUGCAAAAUGAUGAUAACCAGUGUUUUAAAUAUGCGAUUUUGUCUGCAAUUAAGGAUAUUAAAAAGAAUCCUCAACGUGUCUCGCAUUACAAACGUUAUGAUAAUGAACUAAAUUUCACCGACAUAAAAUUCCCCGUUGGGUUGAAGAAUUUGAAAAAAUUUGAAGAACUCAAUCCAAUGAUAUCAAUAAACGUUUACAUGUGGAAUGAAGAAAGUGAGAAAGUGCGCCCUCUGAGGUUGACCAAAAAUGUUAAAUCGACACAUAUUCACUUGCUACUGUUAACCGAAGUUGAUAAAAACAAUGAAACACCGAAAUCACACUAUUGCUGGAUUAAAAACCUAAGCGCAUUGCUCAGUGCUCAAGUGUCAAAAAAUUGUCGAAAAAAACUAUUUUGCGAUAGGUGUCUCAAUCAUUUCAUGCAUUUCGAAAAAUUGGAAGAACAUAAAUUAGCGUGUCUAAACCAAAAUGAAUACCAAAUUAUAAUGCCCAAGCCUGGACUCGAUGAUACUGUUACAUUUGAACACUAUUACAAACAAUUACCAGUGGAUUUUGUUGUUUAUGCAGAUAUUGAAUCAAUUCUACGAAAACCAAGUGAUGAUGAUAAUUCAUUCAAAAGUGAAAAAACAUCAGCUUUCCAAAAACAUGAGGUGUUCAGCAUCGGCUUUUACAGCACAGGAGCUUAUGCUGAUUCGAGAUAUCGUUCUUAUCGUGGACCUGAUUGUGUUGAAUGGUUUGUUAGUGAAAUGGAGAGUAUCGCACACACAGCAAGCGAAGUGUUGUCUAACAAUGAACCAAUGGAAAUGACAAAUGAGGAAGAAGUAUUGUUUAUAUGGGCUGAAGAAUGUCAUAUAUGUGGAAAACCGUUCUUUGAAGAAACAGAUAAAGUUCGUGAUCACUGUCACAAUUCAGGUGCAUUUCGUGGUGCUGCGCAUAAUACAUGCAAUCUGAAUUAUCAAAGAGCUAAAUAUGUCACCGUGGUGUUUCAUAAUUUGUCGAAUUAUGAUUCACAUUUCAUCGUUAAAGCGUUAGCUCAAAAAAUCGCAGGUGACAUAUCUAUUAUACCACGAAAUGAUGAGGUUUAUAUCUCAUUUUCGAAACACGUUGAUGGUACCCGUGAUGCGCGUACCGGAAGAGGUGGUGUAAAACUACGAUUCAUAGACUCUUUCCGUUUUAUGUCGCGAUCUCUCGACUUUCUUUCUUCAAAACUACCAUCAGAACAGAAGCGAAUUCUUAAAUCAGAGUUCUGUAAUAUAAGCAGUACCUAG